UUUACAGACAUUUACAGGGAGAAGAGAGGACGUAGAUGGAUGAAGGGGGCGGGGGGACAAAUACUUUCUUGAAGGAGCCGAGAAACAAAUCAAUGCCCUCUAGCCCCCUGUUACUCGCUCUCCUCCUCCACACACUGACUUUCAUACUUUCACUCUUUUUCGGCCGCACUCUUAGACCUGUUGCUGCAGAUCCGCACUCCCUCUGAGCCUGCAGUCGGAGAGGUGUGUGCUUCAUUCAUUCCCACACCAGCCACACUCAUGCGCUUCUUUCCGAAGCCUUUUCGGAUCUUAAACCCGUCCGGAACAUAACAGUGCAUGGAGUUUCAUCACUUGCUCUCAGAGAAUUUUCCGCAGGAGGCUCAUACGUGUCCGCUGGAGUUGUGUGUGGUUCCACUUCGGGAUUGCAUUGCCUGUAGCUUGGAGAGUGUGGAUGGGUGCCAGGUCUGUGCCAGCCCUCUCUCUGUCCCUCUGGACACAGGCCAUUCACAGAGAGCGCAAGAGUCACAGCUGAAUAAAGCGAAGCUGAGCCCCGUCACAGAAUAUCAGGCCAGAAAAGAGGAGCUGCUGGAGGAGAGAUAAGAGCGGGAGGAGAGGAGAGGAGAGAGAGAGCGAGUAUGGAUCAUUGCUGUGUGUGGAUCUUGCUCCUGUCCCUUCCUCUCUCCUGUCAGAGUGCGUCUUCACAAGCUGAAGAGUGCCGGACCGCCAUGCCUGCAGACAUCGUGUUCUUGGUAGACGAGUCAUGGUCAGUGGGUCCUUCCAGUUUCCGGCAGAUUAAAGAGUUCAUCUCUGAAAUCAUUAGAUCCUUCCAGAACAGUUUGAUUGGACCCGAGGGAGUCCGCUUCGGAGUUACAGUCUACGGAGACAUCCCCAGGAUGCGGAUUGCUCUGACAGACUACUCCACCCUGAAGGAGGUGUUAAAUGCAGUGGAGGAGCUGCCGUAUGAGGGCGGAGGCAGCCGCACUGGCCUGGCUCUUGAGUUCCUAGUAGAGUCUGUCUUCAGCUCGUCAAUCGUCCGGGACAACACUCCAAAGAUUGCGGUUCUGAUUACUAAUGGCAGAUCAGAUGAUCUGAUCGAUGGGCCGGUUAAAGCCGUGGCUGACAGUGGAAUCUCUCUCUUUGCAGUCGGUGUGAGGAAUGCUGAUCCGGAGGAGCUGAGGAGGAUGGUGAGCGAACCUCCUGAAGAGCACCUGAUGCUCAGCCCCGAUUUCUCCUUCUUAGAGCACCUGCUGCCCAAGCUCUCCCGCAGAGUAUGUUUCACUGCAUCUGAACCUCCUCGUCCCGUCAAACACAGCCCACCAGUGGUGGAGAAGGUGGUAGGCCCCAGAGACCUGCAGGUGAGUGAGUUGAGCUACAGCUCUCUGCAGCUCUCUUGGAGUCUGGCCACUGGAGACGUGACAGGCUACAGGCUGCUGAUCGCCCCUGUGUCCCCGAAGGGCCAUCUGCUCCCAGCUCAGCACAGACAGAUUGAUCUGAAGGGAGAUGUAGGAAGUACGAAGGUAACGGGGUUGACUCCGAAGACUGAAUAUUCCCUCACUGUCUACGCCGUCUACCCUGGACUCAUCGGAGAAUCCUCCUCCAUCAGCAUAGAGACGACUUCGGUGCCGCCAGUAGCAAACUUCCGCGUGAUCGAGGAGGGGCUGUUCUCUCUGCGUCUGGGCUGGACGUCUCCACUUGGUCAAGUUAACUCGUACAAAAUCUACAUCCCAAGAUCUGACAGACCCGGGCUGACCUACGAGCAAGUCCUGCAGGGCGACGCCUCCUCUCACGUGAUUGACAGCUUGGAGGAAGAUAAGACGUACACAGUCAGCAUCUAUGCCAUUUACCCUGAGGGACCAAGCGAGCCUGUGUCUGUUGUUGGGAGAACAUUGAAACUGGUUCCUGUUCAGCAGCUGCUGGUGCAGAAUGCCACUACAGACACAGUGCAGGCUCGCUGGCCAUCAGUGAGAGGAGCAUCGGGGUACAGAAUCACUUGGGCCUCUUCAGAGGGCCACAUAGAGAGCGUCAACCUGGGAGAGAACUAUAACUUUUACAUGGUGCAGGGGCUUCAUUCUGGCACAGAGUACACGGUCACUAUCAACCCCAUCUUUGUGGACAUUGAAGGGCCUGUCACCUCCGCCAAGGCAAAGACACUGGAGAGCAGUGCAGUGCAGACCCUGAGGGCCACGGCUGUGAGCACCAGCAGUGCUGUAACCUCAUGGAACGCUGUUCCCGGAGCCACCGGAUACAGACUGGCUUGGGGUCCAACAGCAGAAUUUGUUGGAAGGGAUCGUCCCAGGCAGCUGGCUCUGAACGGCAGCACCACGGAGUAUGUACUGAAAAACCUGGCCUAUGACACGGAGUAUGUGAUCUCCCUCUAUGUGCUCUUCGGCUCUGUGGUGGGACCCGGCAUCACUGCUACCUUCAGGACCUCUCCCCUCGGCUAUGUGUCAAAUUUCAAGGUGACAUCCUACACCAGUUCCUCUAUCAACGUGGAGUGGAGCCCCAUCGUAGGAGCCACGGAGUACCAACUGACCUGGAGCUCAGAGGGAGUAAGUCCACACCACCAUUAUCUGGACCACAGUGUUUUACAGCACAGCAUUACUCGUCUCCAGCCCAACACACUUUACUUCAUCAGCAUCCACGCCCUCUAUGGCAACACAGAGGGGCCGGAAAUCUCUCUCUCGCAACAGACAGCUUCCUUGACCGAUUCAGAUCAGAUUGAGACAGUGAGGGAAGUGAAAGUGGUUGAUAUUGGCAUGAACUCUUUCACCCUGGCCUGGAGGAAAACACCUGGGGUUACAGGCUACAAAGUCACCUGGAGCCCUUUUCAUGGAGGAGAAGAGAAAAGUGAGAUGGUUUCCUCGUCCAUCACGUCAUACACCAUCACUGGACUGCCAGCCAGCUCUGCCUACAAGAUCCAGGUCACGUCAGUGGUGGGGCAGCGAGAAGGAAGUUCCGCUACGGUGACAGCACGGACCUUGGACCUGCCUAAAGUGACUGGUUUCAGUGCUCUGAACACGACUGAUGACAGCACUACACUGAACUGGACCAGCGUCACAGGAGUUUCAGCGUACCUCCUCUCCUGGAGGCAUAUAUCAGAACUUGAGAGUACCACUGACGUACUGGGCCCAGGUUUCACCUCGUAUAAGAUCAAAGAUCUGCAGUAUGGAAGAACUUACAUCUUCACCAUUCGGCCGCUCUAUAGAGAGGUGGAGGGCCCCGUCACAACCAUCACCAAAAGGAUAUUGGGGGCUUCUCGUCUCAUUCCUGUCCAAACUGCCACGCUGGGCCCUGUUCCAGCCCACACCAUCACUACAUCUCACAGUGGUACAGCUAAGAAGCCUGCUGGAAAAGAAACUAGCAAGUCCACCACCACUACUCUGAAGCCUGGUGCCAAACCUGACACGACCAUCACUAAAACGGCACAAGCUUUAACCCUGCUGACCACCACAGUGAACGACCAAAGCACUCUCUCUGUAGAGACUCCUCCACCAGGGCCAGUGUGUGGCAGGAUGAAAGCAGAUAUUGUUUUUCUGGUGGACGAGUCCUGGAGCAUCGGCACCAAUAACUUUGGCAAGCUGAAAGACUUCCUGUUUAGGAUUGUGACUUAUUUCCCAUCAGUUGGACCUCAGGGCACACAGAUAGCUGUGGUUCACUACAGUGAUCAGCCCAGGAUAGAAUUCAACCUGAACACCCACAAAGACCGCAGCUCUGUGCUGAGAGCUCUUCGACAAGUCCGCUAUGGAGGAGGGAACACCAAAACAGGUCGAGGGAUCAGCUAUGUGCUGAGGGAGCUGUUUCAGGAGUCUCUGGGAAUGAGGCAGAAUGUUCCUCACGUGUUGGUGCUGGUGACAGAUGGGAGAGCCCAGGACGAUGUGGAGCCGCCCUCCAGGAUAGCACAUAUUCUGGGUGUGAGUGUACUGGCCAUUGGAGUAGCACAUGCUGACAUUGAUGAACUAAGGAAAAUCGCCUCGCCAAAGACCUACAAGAACAUUUUCUUCGCUACUGACUUCAGUGACUUCCCCUCCGUCGAGAGAGAGUUUAUCCGCAGUCUCUGCAGUGAGGCUUUGCUCUCGGAGUUCAAACAGCACGAAGAGUCUGCCCAGCUGGACACACCCACAGGUGACCCAGAGGCUCUUCCCAAACCUGAGGGUCCCUGUCCAAUCCAGUGCAAGGGCCAAAAAGGAGAGAAGGGGGACGGCUUUGGACACGGUGGACUGCGCCCGAAGCUCGGCGGUGAUGCCUUCGAUCCAUUCACCUUAAAGAUCAAAGGGGAGAAAGGAGAGAGGGGGCUUCCUGGGACGGACGGCAUACCAGGGUUACCAGGGCGACCGGGUCGAACUGGACCUCCUGGUUCUGCUGGACUAAGGGGUCCUCCUGGUGUCGGCGGGGAAAUGGGGCCGCCUGGCAUUCCCGGACAAAAAGGCCAGCGGGGGGAGAGAGGAGAGCCUGGAUAUUCACUUGGAGGUAUGGAAGCUCUUCCUGGACGUAAAGGAGAACCAGGAUCUAAUGGUCCCCAAGGGGCUCCUGGGUUACCUGGAGUCGCAGGGCCUCCAGGGCUCCCUGGGCAGCCUGGAGCAGCUGGCUCUCCUGGCGUUUCUAUAAAGGGUGAGACUGGAGAGCCUGGGCUUAGAGGUCCACGUGGAAAACCAGGACCUAAAGGAGAAAAAGGGGAAGAUGGACAAACUGGUCAAGCAGGCUUACCUGGACCAAUAGGAGUGGAUGGAACCCCUGGACUGCCUGGUCAGAAAGGAGAAAAAGGGGAAGAGGGAGUUGGAAUUCCAGGUGUCCAGGGUUUACAUGGACCUCCUGGAGAAAAGGGAAAUAUGGGACUUUCAGGUCCUGUUGGUCCAAAGGGUGAGCAAGGAAUUCAAGGAGUGCUAGGACCUGUUGGACCCAGAGGGAAAAGGGGUUUGAAAGGGGAGCAAGGAGACAAGGGUAAUCGUGGGGAUACAGGCCCUGUGGGACCUCAGGGACUAGCAGGCUUGCCUGGAGCUGUUGGGCCGAAGGGUGAUGAGGGACAGCGUGGAGCACCAGGGGAUCCAGCUAAAGGGGUGCUUGGGCCCCCUGGGAAAAAGGGUGCUAGGGGGGAUGUUGGACCAGUUGGACCUCCCGGACCUCAGGGAAUUAAAGGGGUCCAAGGAGACAAAGGUGACAAGGGCAGUCCUGGCUUUGGUAUUCCUGGACAGCCAGGUCCUAAGGGUGAGAGCGGUGAGAGGGGCAAUGUGGGCUUAUCAGGGAAGCCUGGGCCUAAAGGCAUUGAUGGUUCUAAGGGGGAAAAAGGUGACAUCGGUCUCCCAGGCAACCCAGGAGCUCCUGGACUAAGAGGUAAAGAUGGUUUGCCAGGAUCAAAAGGAGACCCAGGAGCAAGGGGCGAGCCAGGUUCUCCAGGCGAGCUUGGAGAGAAAGGCAUCCGGGGCUCUCUUGGUCUCCCUGGACGGCCGGGAGACCCUGGUGAGAAAGGUGAUCCUGGAAAACUCGGGUUACCGGGCCCUGAAGGACUGAAAGGAGAGAAAGGCGAGCCGGGAAAACCUGGCCCACCUGGACAUUCUCAGUUCUCCGUGUCAGAGAACAACGUCCUCACCAGAGCCAUCAAGGGUGAGCCGGGUGAGCCUGGACUCCCAGGCCUCAGAGGAGAGACAGGGCUUACAGGACCGCCAGGGCCACCAGGGAAACCAGGACCUCCAGGGAAUUCCUUGGGACAAUCUGGCACAGGAAAAGAUGGUGUGGAUGGUUUACCAGGACUGCCUGGAGCAAAAGGUGAAGCAGGGAAGAAAGGGGAGCCAGGAGCUAAAGGAGAGAAGGGAGAUCCUGGUCGAGUUGGAGUUGCUGGCAUGCCUGGUCUGCCUGGUACUCCAGGUAAACCUGGUGUGGAUGGAAAACGUGGAAUAGCAGGAAAAGAUGGAGAACAAGGACUCAGGGGUGAUGAUGGCAAAAAGGGUGAAAAAGGGGAACCUGGCGCUGAUGGAAAAGGUGGUGAAAAGGGAGAAAUGGGCCCUCCAGGGUUGCCAGGCCCUCCUGUUAUGCUGCAAGAGGGUGCUUCAAUAGAUGAAAUAAGAAAAGCGUUUCCAAUACCGAUGGGCCCCCCUGGAGCAACGGGUCCUCCUGGGAUGAAGGGAGAAAAAGGAGACCAAGGCUCAAGAGGAGAGAAAGGCGAGGCCGGUGUACCAGCGAGAACCAUUGAAAUUAAGGACAUUGAAGAAUUAUUUGAAUCAUAUGGCAUUAAGCUUUCCCUGCUGAAGGCCUUGAUUGAUAGGCUUCUCCAAGAUGGCAUGGAGGAGCUUCUGCAUGAAAUGGCCACAAAAAAAAGAAUCAAAGGGCAGAGGACGGACCCCGGCUCCAACAUCAUCACUGAAUACACUAGUUCAGCGAACUACGGGCUCUCCAGUGACCCGCAGACUGAUGAGCUCUUAAUUGAAGAAGAGGACGACCUAACUGAGGAGCAGCUGCCUGAGUCCUAUCCAGAUUCCCUGAAUAAAACAGAACAGGGCCCCACCAUCUGGAACAUCUCCACCACAGAGAGGAAGACAGAGCUGAACAGAACGGAGAGCAGAAAGGCAGUGAAAGAGGUGGUGGAAAAUCUUGCAUCCUCUAACAUCACGCAGACCAACACCUCCUCAGAGAGGCAGGCUGGCUCAGUAAAGGCAGAGGUAAGUAUGGAGUCAGUCCUCCACAGUCAGGAGGACACGGGGAAGAAGACCUCUGGAGAGAAGAAGAAGGGGCGAGAGAGGGGAAAGGGUAAAGGGAAUAAAGGACGACAUAAACGGCAAAGGAAACGAGUGGAAGAUCAAGCCAAUGAGGAGGAGGAGAUGGAGGAGGAGAUUUAUGAUGAAGUGUAUAACUAUGAAUAUGAGGAUAAGCUGGAUGUGGAGGAAACUGAAAAUUCUCAAGAUGAGAAGAAAGACAGGAUCGAAACAACAACAGAAAGCUCUCUGUCUUCACAAAGCAAAUACACAACAGCAGCUCCCCCUCAUACACCGGAAAUCACGGGGGUCUACAGAAGCACAGAGGGUCCCUUAUCCACACCAGAGGUCACAGAGCAGUACAGUGAGACCACAUCACCCUCUACUCUCAAUACAACACAGGCUCAGGAAGAGCAGGGUGUCGUGUCCAGUUCCGGCGCACUUCGAGCGAUGCCUAAAGUGAAGAGGAGUGUCUCCACGCUUGAAUAUGUGGCCUACAUGCCUGGAGCCCCUGGAGGACAAAACCGCUACGAACAAGGACGAAAGUCUCGAUCUGGUGCGAAGAAGAGAAAGAAGCUGAAUAAAAAGAAGCAAGAAAACAAGGACCCUGAACCCGAACCUGAGAUAUACAGUGGCCGAGAGAAAGAGAGGGAGAGGGGGGAAGAGAGAGAGCCAGAAACCGAUUUGGACAAAGGAGCUGAAAGGGAAGAGGAGCGACUGAGCGAAAGAGAAAGAGAGGAGACGGAGUGGGACACGCCAGAGGAAGAGGAACGGGGGACGGGGUCUCAGCCUGCACAGGAGUACGGCUCAGGGGACGGAGAUGAGGAGAGGAGCAGCGAGUACGAGGACAACGAGAGGGACUGGGAGGAGGAGAGAGAGAGAGACAGAGAGGAGAUGGAGAGAGAGAGGAUGGAGCUGGAACGGGAGAGAGAGGAGGAGGUGGAGAGGGAAGAGGUUGCGGCGCGCCAACGAGAGAGGGAGAGAGAGAUGGAGCGAGAGGAGAGAGAGCGGAUGGAGUGGGAGAUGAUGGAGAGAGGGAGGAUAGGAGAGGUAGACAGAGAGGAAGACAUGAGGACCCACAUCUCUCAGUAUGAGUUUCUGAAGGGUCCUCCCGGUGAGAAUGGUCUACCAGGGCCUAAGGGGGAGAUUGGAGAGAAGGGACAAAAGGGAGAGCCUGGUAUUGGGCACCGUGGACCUGUUGGUCAAGCUGGUCCACCUGGACAAAAGGGUGAGCCUGGAGAACCAGGACCCCCUGGAGCACAGGGCAUUCAGGGUAUCCGUGGCAACCCAGGGAUCCCAGGCACGCCAGGUCAAAAAGGUCAGCCGGGAGAGUCUGGAGAGCCAGGUAGAGAGGGCGACAGAGGAAAACGAGGGAAAAAUGGGUCACCUGGCCCUCCAGGAGCCGCUGGACCCCCAGGAAAAGAGGGACCACCAGGUCCACCUGGAGUGAAAGGUGACAAGGGUGACAGCAUCCCAGGAGAGCCAGGAGAUAGAGGCGUGGCUGGGCUUCCAGGCCGCAGGGGCGCCAAGGGCACCGUGGGUGCAAGAGGGCCACCAGGACUGAUGGGUCCUAAAGGCCUUCUUGGGAUGAAAGGAGAAAAGGGUGAUAGAGGUCUACCUGGCAACAGAGGAGAAAGAGGGAGUCCUCUGUCCAUGCCUGGGCCGCGUGGAUAUAAGGGGCUAAAAGGAGAAGCGGGGGAGCGAGGACCUCCAGGAUUUGAUGGAGAUAAAGGCGAGAAGGGAGAGGAUGGGCCUCCAGGAGUGAAGGGUGUGAAGGGAGAGGCCGGGACCAAAGGAAAGAUGGGGCCCUUCGGGGCUCGAGGCCCUGUAGGACAAAAGGGUGAGGCAGGAGAGCCAGGUAUCAACGGAGAAGUGGGUCGUAAAGGAGCAGAUGGACUGGACGGUGAUAAAGGUGACAAGGGAGACAUGGGUCUGCAAGGCCAAAAGGGUGACCAGGGGGAGAAAGGAGAGCACGGUUUGCCGGGGGACAAUGGCAUUAAAGGAGAAAAGGGCUUCCGAGGCUUACCGGGACGGAUGGGCAGCCCUGGACUAGACGGAGAACAGGGCAGUGCUGGAGUGCCGGGGACUCCGGGCAUCCCAGGACUGAAUGGACUCCCUGGAAGAAAAGGAGAUAAAGGCGAUGGAGGCCUGAAUGGACUUGAUGGUGCACCAGGGAAAAAGGGAGAGAAGGGAGCUACAGGUUUUCCAGGUUUCCCUGGUUUUAAGGGAUCACCAGGUGCACAGGGUCCCAACGGAGCUCCUGGCCGCCCUGGACCAGUUGGGCCCAAAGGGGAAGUUGGACCUAAGGGAGAGAAGGGUAGAAGAGGCAGAGGGAAGACUUGUCAAAGAGGCCCUCCUGGAAUUCCUGGACAAAGAGGACUGGAUGGUGAGAUAGGAGUAGAAGGAAGGAAAGGAGAAAAAGGAGAUCCAGGACUUACAGUAGAGGAGGUGAAGGACCUUGUGACUAAGGAGGUGAUAGAAAAGUGUGGCAAAGACUACCUUCUCGUCGUGAACACCAAUGAUCCGGAUGAAGGGAGCAUUCUGAAGGAGGAGGACGGAGCAGAGGAAACGGAUGAGGAGGAAACAACCGCCUCGCCCACUGUUUCAGACCCCGAGCCCACAUCAGUGUACGACAAUACCACAAGAGUCAGUGAGGAGACAUCGCAGUCAGAGAGAGAGAGGAGACAUGCUUUCAGGCACCCACCAGGUAAGAGUGGCUCUGUCACGGAUGUGUGUCUCGAGCCGAUGUCUGAGGGUCACUGCUCUGAGUACGUGCUGCUCUGGUACUUCCACCUGAGCUCUGGAGAGUGUCGGCCCUUCGUCUACAGCGGCUGCGGAGGAAACGGAAACCGCUUCAGCACAAAACACGACUGCCAGACCUACUGCAGCCUGGACCAGAGAGAUCCGGGGUCCUGAUGAUGCCUCGUCUGCUGUUUAGCAGACCCUCUCUGAGUGCUGUUUUCCCAGUGAUUAAUGUUGUUUUUGUGUUAAAGGUCUUGUUAGUCCCUUAUGUGUGUGUAUAGUGCAUUUUUGCUGUGUAUGCAUUUCUUACAUAUUUGUAAAUUGGUUUGAAUGUAAUUAAUUUCAUGUCAUCAUACAUCUGAAGUAUGUUGAGAUACUAAGAGCCAGGCAUUGUUGUGCUGCUAUAUUGAUACACAGCUAUAAUUUCCAUUGCUAUGCUGACAGGUGGCAGGGGUGUAGCCAAAGAGGGGGUCGAGUGGGUCGUUUCACCUAACAGGUCCUAAAAACGUCAGAAAACCUGUUAAAAUGGAAUCACACCAUGCCUUUAAUAGACGCAUAGACACUCGGUCUCAUUUUGGGGCUAAAAUAGCCCAUCAAUAAUUAUAACACAGUUAGAAUAAUUACAAUAAUUAAGAUAAUUUUAUCAAAGUACUCAUGCAGGUAUGAAUCACUGGAUUCAGGUUCUUUGGUGAAUGCUAUUAAUGUAACCUACCAAAAAA